UGACCCCAUUUCAAUCUCACCACAUCUCAACAUUCUUUCCCCCAUUCCAAUCUCAUCACAUCUCAACAUUCUUUCCCUCAUUUCAGUCUCACAGAAAUGGCUUCCGUCGAUUCCGGCGGCAGGUCGAAUUUCUCGCAGACCUGCAGCCUUUUGAGGCAGUAUUUGAAGGAGAAGAAUGGCAGCCUUGCCGAGCUCACGCUUGGCUUAACCCCUACCCCUUCCCCCGAAAUAAAAGAGACAAUGAAUUUUCUAUCGGCGAUUGAGAAUAAAGCGGCGGAGGUGGAGACUGCAGCGAUGACGAUAUUCUACGGCGGCAAGGUCAUGGUCUACAAUGAGUUUCCAGCGGAGAGAGCUCAGGAGAUCUUAGCCCUAGCUAGCACCGCCUCCGCUCAGCCGUCUCUUGAUUUACCGAUUGCUAGAAAAAACUCAUUGGCCAGCUUCUUGGAGAAGAGGCGAGACAGGAUCACCGCAAAGGCGCCUUACCCACCAAGGAAGGCAACGCCCUGGCUCGGAUUGGCGCCGCGCAACUAGCACUCUAGGACUACAAUUUUCAUGUUUUUGAUGUAGCAUAUAUACAUUUUCACGAAUUUUGGUUCAUCUUUCUUUUUUGAGGCACAUCUACCAUGUAAUUAUGGAUCAAUUUUUUCAAUUUACCAAUCUGUUUGUGUUUUA